GCUGGUACUGUGUGAAACAGAAGGACGGCGAAGAUGAUCUGGAAUGCUGCCGCCAUUCACCAUGGAGGAACGGCAAGACGGAAUGGUUCAUCAUCAGGGUCCAAUGCUGCCAUGAAGAUCUCGACGAUCUCCGUCGCAGUCAUCCUGCUGUUCUACUUUGUAUCGAUGCAGAAGAUGUUCUUCGCGACCACUGGCCCAGCGCACAUUGUUGACGUACAAGUCGCGAAUAUCCGAGCAGUCCAUCACGACGACCGUCCGUCGGCAUCAUCAACAGCAUCACCUUCACGCUCCACGGCACCAUUGCGCAACUGGACUCGGUCUCGCGGAAGGCGGUACGUGUGGCUUGACGUCGCCAUCGACCAUGUGCCUGCUGGUCGCCUUGUCGCCGAGCUGUACAUGGAUAAAGUGCCGAAGACUGCCGAGAACUUCCGCGGGUUGGUUACGGGAGACAACCAGCCCGGCUGGAGCUACAAGAACUCGACGUGUCAUCGCAUCUUGAAAGGGUUCAUCGUGCAGUGCGGCUCGUACGACACCCGCGGCGGCACCAGCAUCUAUGGCAAGGAUUUUGAAGACGAAGCCACAGGGCUGACGUUGAAGCACUCGAAGCGCGGGAUUCUGCAGAUGGCCAACGCCGGGCCCAACACCAACGGCGCUCAAUUCUGCUUCAUGCUCGGGCCAGCCGCCCAUCUGAACGGCCACCACGUCGUGUUCGGAGAAAUCGUGCAAGGCCUGGACGUGCUCGACCUCAUGGAAGCCGCGGGUGUGGCCUCGGAUGAUGACGAGUUAGGUCGCAGCGUUAUGCUGGUGGAUGGCGGUGAAAUAUUUGAUUAAGAGAUGCAGUAUUGUGAGAUACAGUAACUGCACAGGGUUGGCAACCUUGUUAACUAUCCGGAUUUCGCACGUCCGUCCCCUCGGAGGAUGGCUC